AGCCACAAUGAAUGCCACAACCAAGACAACAUUGAGUAAAACAGAAAGGGACAGAAAACCGUAGAGAGCCAGCCGGCGAUGACAGAAUGACACAGUCAACAAUAUCGACUUCUUUCCCUCCUCGUUUCCAUGAUGCAGGGCCCCUGGCGCACAUUGACCUGAACACGCUCACAAAAACCAGCUGACGCUUAUAAAUAGGAAAAGGCCCCUCUUUUGUUGUAAUUUCUAUACCUUGACAUACUCUCAGGUGAAUAUAUGCGGCAAACAAAACACGCGUAUCUCAAAUUAGAAUAAAGCACAAAAUAGCGAAGGAGUACGAAAUUAUUGGAUGGGCGUAAUAGCGAAGAGGGAUUGAAAGACGUAAUAGGAAAAGCUGACGGCGAUUUUUGAAUUUUCAAGGAAAUGUACUGCAGAUACGUGCUGCACCACACCAUGCCGAGGUCACUUGCCGCUAUGUUAGUUUUGGUGUCUCUCCUCCACAUGUCCCAGGGGCUAGAGGACUGGGAAGAGGGGAUAUAUGACCAGCUCGGGUCCGUCUCUCUCCCGACAUCAACCCAAAACGCAGAUGCCCAAAAGUACUUCAUCUUUGGUGUAAAGCUGGUCAUCUCCUUUUGGCACGAUUUGGCAGAGGAAUCCUUUCGAAAAGCACAGAAUUUGGACCCGUCUUUUGGUAUGGCCUACUGGGGCGAGGCACUGUGUAAAAAAUGGUUUCUUUGGAAUAGUGAGUUCCCGGACGACGCCAACGCCAUCUUCCGUCGAAUGGACGCCAAUAAUUCGGUGUGGAACCCGCGCGAGGGAACAUACGGUCCCGCGCCAAGGACGCCCUCGGAAGACUUGUACAUCGACGCUCUCCGCAUGCUCUUUCGCAACGCCUCGGCCGGAAACCUCCAACAACGCAACCGACUAUUUGCCGAUAAAAUGAAGCUGUUGUAUGACAGGUCUCUUAAUGAUGACGUGGGGGCCUCGUAUUACGCCCUAGCUCUUCUGGAGAUCAACCGAGUCGACGAGGCCAGGACGGUGCUGGAUGCGGUCCUGCAGAGGUCACCUAACCACCCCGCGGGCCUCCACUUCUCCCUGCACGCCUUCGACUUCCACCACCCCGGGGUGGCCGAGAGGGGUUUAGCUGCCGCGGAGAAGUAUCCACAGGUUGUCAAGGUGGCCUCUCAUGGCGAUCACAUGCCGGCUCAUAUCUUUAUUCGUAUCGGGUUGUGGCAGGAGGCAGUAGACGCUGACGUUCUGGCACUGAAGGCGGGAGACGAUUUCGCCAACGAGAGAAAAAAUGGGGACAUUACCUAUGACAAAUGGAACCGGUAUCACUCCCUGGAAUACCUGCAGUAUUACCUGUUACAGCCCGCCUGGAGUUAUGUUACGAAAGCUAUACGUAUUCUGAAACUACAGCUUCAAGCCACCAGGGAAAGUAGUGACGGAAGAGUAACUCAAGCCUUAUCACUGAUGCGACAGGCGGCGGCUAUACAGGACACAAUGGUCCUGUUGACUACAAGCCCCACCCUUCUCUUCCUUCCAACCUAUGAAUUCUACGGUGACUUGAUGCUGGGGAGCGGAGACGGGGCCGCUGCUGUUCCCCUCUACACCCGGGCCUUGAAGGAUUAUCCUAAUAGAACAGCCAGUCUUCUUGGCCUCGGCCGAGCGCACGUGAUGGCGGGAGAUAACGCCAGUGCUCUGACGUACUACGAGAGGCUCUACGACGCCAUCUGGACAAGCUCGGAUGAUUUCAAGGCCCGAAGGGACGCUGGCCGGGUGCUGUCCGGUCUAAGGGUCAGUCCGACUAUGACCACCAUGGACACGGACGAAAUGUGGAGGACGUGGAUAAUUAUCGCUGCAGGGAUUGUGUUUGUUGUGCUGAUCAUCAUUGCGGUAGUGAUCGUGGCGUACCUGAACAGAGCAAAGUACAGGAAAUCCUUCCAGAGUGAUCUCCCGCCACUGCAUAAAUAUGACGUGCACAAGAAAUCGGAUGAGACGCAGGCCUACGAGAACCCUGCGUUCAGCGCUUACAACAAGUUCUAGCAAAGCGAAAGUUUGGUUCAAAAACGCUCCAUGUGACACGUUUUGUCUUUACUUAUUAAAUAACAUAGUUGUAAGCAAACUCACAAUUUAUUUAGACCCCCAUGUCUUCCUGUGUAUUGUUAUAAUUCAGGACUUUGAGACAUUUCCUCAGACGUAAAGUACCUUUAGGUCUUGUGACGUUUAAAUUUUAAGGGGGUUUCAACAUCUUUCAACAUGGUUAAAAUAGACCCUAGAAAUAACAAACAAAAAUCUCGUUUCAUUUAUUUCGCAUUAAAGCAAGCAUAUAUGUUUAUGCUCCAAUGCGACUAAUUUUACACACAAAAAUAAUGAAUUUUUUUAAGUGGCUUGAUUCAAUUUAAAUAGUCUGUCCAUUUCUCAAAAGCCAGUUUAAUGUGCAACACUACAAUAAUUUUGUUUGACAUGUGACUUUAUUAAUAUUCAUCUGAAUUUAUUACAAUAUUCACAAACUUCUACACAAUUUUGUACAGCACUAGUGCAAUAUGUACAGUGCUGUCCCCUAUUGCAGGUUUACAGAUCAGUGCUGCCACCUAUUGUUUAGCUGUGAGUCGAAUAGUCAUGUCACCUACUCUGGAUUUCUUUUAAAAAGUAUUUCAAGAGUUGCAUUUUAGAAAUAUCCAUACUCCAUGAAUAAAAAUUGAGAAUGUUGAUAUUUGAGGGAUAAACUUCCUGAUACCUAGAACUUCUGUCUUAAGUGAUGUAGCAUGUACAGUGCUUAGAGUAUAACCCUUAACUGGGUGUAUUUUUGGUUUAGUCUAUGAAAGAUUCAACAUUUCCACCCAAGAAGAUGUGAAAAUCACUUUCUGUGCAUGGGCACAAACUAUUUUUCCACCUAUGUCUAUAAUUUUGGACAAAAAUUGAAUCCUUCAUAAAAAUCAAAGUGCUGUUACAAUAUAACCAACUGAUAUAAACAUUUUUUCCGGUUAUCACUACCUUAUUUACAUGUGUGAAAGGAAUACCUAUACGGUAUACAAGAAGAUUUUUUAAAAAUCGAUAAAAAAAUCAAUAUAAAUCCUAUGGUAAUUGUCAAACAGUUUAAAAUUUGAGGAUACUUAGGAAUAAAUGAGUAUUUACAUCCUGCAAUACUCUAAAGGUGAUUAAGGCUUUGUUUUUGAAAGCUAUUAUCUAUUUUCGUACAUCUUUGUUUCAUGUCAGAAUUUAUCUUCAGUAUGAACAGUUUUAUCUUCUGUUAUGUAAUAAUGUUAUGAUAUUUAUCAAUUGCCACAAAUCAUCAGUAUAUAUAUAUAUAAUUUUUUAUCAUUAUAACUUUCUUUCUUUAAGUGUAACUUUUUCUUACUAAUAAAUGAAAUAUUUUACUACAAUGACACCUGUUUAUUAUUUUGAAAUUCAUUUCUAAAAACUCGUGCCAUUAUAAACCCCAGAUCAACUUCCCAUCCACAGCUGAAAGCAAAAGCCUUUAUGAACGUAUUUGUAACGUCCUGAUAUAAUACUAUAAUAUAGCUGAUAUAUAUUCAUAUAAUUACAAAGCUGUUCGGGCGAGUUUACUGUGACCGUUUUUUAAAAUACUAGAUUAAGGCUGCAUUCACAACCAAAGUUGUGCCACGGACCUACAGAUCCAUGGUUCAAAUAUGGCAGAUCCGCUUGAAAACUUACCGCGGAAUCCCUGUGGGGAAUCUACUCGGUGUCUAUUAGGAGAUAAUGCGGCAAGUAUUCAGGUGGGUCAGUCAUAUUUGAUCC